AUGGGCGUCGGGUAUGAUCGCCUAGACCGAGUCGCGCUGGCGAAGAAGAGAGUCACAGUGUGCAACGUGCCAGACUACGGCACAGCCGAAAUAGCAGACCACGCACUGUCUCUCGCGCUCUCUCUGCGGCGGGGGGUCCUCUUGCACCAUGACCGCCAGCGCCAACCCUACGUCUACCCGUGGAUGUACAUCGACACUCCACUCGUCUCGCGCAUCCAACAGGCUACAUUCGGCAUCUUGGGGCUUGGGAGAAUCGGGACCGCCGCGUGUCUCCGCGCAAAGGCAUUUGGCUGGAACGUCCUGUUCUACGACCCGUACCUGCCCAACGGCGUCGACAAGGCCCUGGGCAUCGAGCGCACAAAGGACAUCACCGAGCUGUUUCGCAGGAGCACAAACCUCAGCAUCCACUGUGCGUGCACGCGUGAGACACGCGGCAUGAUCGGCUGGGACCUGGUCAAGCUGAUGCCGCGCGGCUCCGUGCUCGUGAACACGGCGCGCGGCGAGGUGCUGCAGCUCGACGCCGUGGAGCGCGCACUGAGGGAAGGCAUCCUCGCCGGCGCGGGCCUCGACGUCCUCCCCGAGGAACCCAUCCCCGAGCACAAUGUCCACCCACUCAUAAAAGCGUACCGCGAAAAGGAAGAAUGGCUGCUCGGCAGGAUGGUCCUCACCUGCCACACGGCAUUCUACAGCCCACAGAGUUUCGUCGACAUUCGGGUCAAGAGCGCGCAGACGAUGAGGGAGGUCUUGAUUGAUGGGUUGCAGAGUAAUGUUAUUACACCGGAUAUGCUGUAG